AUGCCUGUUCCCCUGAUCAAAGAGAGCGACGUCGACGUCCUCAUCAUCGGCGCCGGCCCUGCGGGGCUGAUGUGUGCUAUGGCGCUUUCGCAUGCCGGGGUAAAUGUGCGGAUCAUCGACCAGCGGGCUGUAAACCUAGCAGCAGGCCAGGCCGAUGGCAUUCAGCCUCGUAUCAUCGAGGUCUUUCAGGUGACGAUGGUCGAUGUCAGCGACUUUGAUGGCUUCCUGAUGUCAUUAUUUACGUCUUUGCAGAGUUACGGUCUUGCAAGCCGUCUCUUCAAAGAAGCGGUCCAGGUGCACAUGGCGGCCUUCUACAAUCCGAGUCCUAAUGGAGGGAUUGAACGGACAGAUCGUGCCGCCGAUGUUACGGCACCGACCGCACGCUAUGCCUUUGAAAUGGCUCUGCACCAGGGUGGCAUAGAGCAGAUAUUUCUGGAUUCCAUGGCUACAAAGGGUGUCCAUGUAGAGAGACCUCUCAUGCCGACCUCUAUCGAGCUCUCGCAGGACGAGGCGGUUCUCAAGGAUCCCACGUCACAUCCCGCAAAGGUGGUACUUAAACGCCUGGAUGUAUCAGAAGGCAAACCAGAUACAGAGAUCGUUUAUGCUAAAUACGUCGUCGGGUGCGAUGGUGCUCAUUCUUGGAUUCGUAAGGAGUUCAAUAUCACCAUGGAAGGCGAACAGACAGAUUAUAUCUGGGGCGUUCUUGAUCUCAUACCAGACACUGACUUCCCGGACAUCCGCAACCGCUGCGCCAUCCACUCCCAUAAUGGCUCGUGUAUGAUCAUUCCCCGAGAAGGCGACAUGGUGCGUCUGUACAUCCAACUGGCGGACAAGGACGUCGUCGACUCCAAAGGAAGAGUGGACAAGAGUAAAGUGGGACCGGAGAAGAUUAUGGAGGUGGCCAAUAAAUCCCUCUACCCAUACACAAUAUCAACCUCGCAUCCAAUUGACUGGUGGACUCUGUACAUCAUUGGACAGCGAGUUGCUAAUCGUUAUUCAGUUCAUGAACGUGUCCUGAUCGCAGGAGAUGCAUGUCAUACACACUCACCUAAAGCAGGUCAAGGAAUGAAUGCUAGCAUGAACGAUACUCACAACUUAGCGUGGAAGCUCGCACAUGUUCUGCGCGGAUGGGCCGAUAUCUCAUUGUUGAAGACGUAUGAGUCUGAACGGCGGAAGUAUGCCCAAGAGUUAAUCGAAUUCGACAAACGGUUCGCAGCUCUCUUCUCCGGCAAGCCUCGCACGGAGGGUAAUGACGAGGGGGUUUCACAUGAGGAGUUCUUGGGGACAUUCCAAACAUUCGGCCUCUUCACCAGCGGCAUCGGCGUGCACUACCAACCAUCGGCCAUAGUCCACACGCAGCAUCAAUCCUUCGCAAGCAAACUGAUCAUCGGCCAACGAAUGCUUCCCCAUAUCUUCAUUCGUGCAGCUGACAGCCAGCCAGUGGAGCUGCAUGAUCUCAUUCCAUCCGACACUCGGUUCAAGGUCCUCGUCUUCACCGGCGAUACCACAGACACCACACAAUUGGAUCACGUUCGAGCAUUGGCCGAAGACAUGAAUGGUCCACAACGGUUUUUGAAGAAGUUUGGGCACGGAAAUACCAGCGGCGUCUUUGAAGUUCUCUCUAUUAGUUCCGCCAAGAAACGUUAUUCGAACUACACCGAUGUCCCGCCAUUGUUCAGGUCGCAUUGGUCCAAGUUCCUGUUGGAUGAUUGCGACAUGUACAAUCGAAGUGGUGGUGGAGGGUAUGAGGCCUAUGGUAUCGACCCCCGCGGUGCUGUUGUGAUUGUGCGGCCUGACGGUUAUGUCGGAAUGGUGGCGCCCUUCGACAACCUCGACGACCUAGAUGAAUACUUCGCAGCCUUCAUGGUUCCCACCCCACCAUCUGCUUAA